AUGGAAGUCAACCCCACAGUACUGAUCGUAGGAGCAGGCAUCGGAGGCCUCUUCCUCGCCAACUUACUCCAACAUGCAGGUAUCGACUAUGAGAUCUUUGAACGCUCGGCUCAAGUCAAACCCCUGGGUUCCGCGAUGGUCGCCGGCCCCAAUAUUCUCCCCGUUUUUUCCCAAUUGGGUCUCCUGGAGCAGAUGGAGAAGAUCUCCAAGCCGCUCAAGUGUCUGAAUGUUUAUAAUGGUAGCCUUGACAAGUUGGGGACUGUCGAAGCCAACACCAAGGAGAGAGCCGGAUACUACUCGUUAGUCUUUGCGCGCAGGAACCUCUAUGCCCUCCUCCUCUCCCAAAUCCCACCCCACAAAAUCCACCUCUCGAAAAAGAUCCUCUCCAUGCAAGAGCUCGAGGACGGCGUUGCCAUCCACUGUAGCGACAAGUCCCGCUACGUCGGCGAUAUCCUCGUAGGAGCCGAUGGUGCCUACAGUGGCGUCCGUCAAUCCCUCUAUCGUCAACUGGCGGCUGCGAAACUGUUGCCCAAGAAUGAUGAGGAGGAUCUGGCGAUGAGGUACACUUGUCUUGUGGGAACUACCGAGUCGUUGGAUCCCGUGGAGUUCCCGUACCUCGGAGAGGAUUUUGCGCAUUUUGAGAUUGUCCUUGCCAAGAAUUCCUCAGAGUCGGUGGCGUGCUUUACAAUUCCAGACAACAAAAUCUGUUGGCUCUACACCGUCCAACUCUCCGCGAACAGUCCCGACGAGCGAUUCAGCAAUUCAGAAUGGAGUCCCGAGGCAACCCAGGCAAUGUGCGAAAAGAUCCGUCAUAUCAAGGCACCCUUUGGCCGGACCAUGGGGGACCUGAUUGAUGUGACACCCAAGGACUCAUUGUCCAAGGUCAUGCUUGAGGAAAAGUUGUUCGAGACUUGGUACCAUGGACGCACUGUUCUUAUUGGCGAUGCUUGUCACAAGAUGCUCCCAAGUGCAGGACAGGGAGCAAUCAACGCAAUGCAAGACGCAACAAUCCUCGCCAACUGCAUCAACGACAUCAAACGCCUCGACCGCGACAGCAUCUCGGUCCAUCUCAAAGACUACCAGGACCAACGGUACCAGUUUGCAAAGAUCCAGUUCGAGACCAGUAAACGCUUUGCCGUCAUCAUGGGCGGUCAGACGUGGACGGAGGCAUUGAUCAGGAAGGUGGUACUGGCCUACAUGCCAAAAUCCUUCAAUAGAAUUCGGCAGGACAAGACCUGCGCCUACCAACCACAAGCCAAUUUCUUGAAACUGGCUCCUGAAAAAGGUCAGAUCGAGACUCUGCCGCAGGUGCCGUCCAAACGCUACUCCAUUGACGCCAAUUCCGUCUAA